AAACCCGUGGAUGCGUGACCUGGUGACGUCAUUCCGGCUGAGUUCACGCAGACGAUGAAUUUGAACGGGUUUUCCGCAGAACCUGCGCAGACUGAGCAAAGUCUGCGUAUCGUGAACGCAGCCUGAACCCGUGUGAGACACGAGUUACGACAAAGGGAAUUGUAUUUUGUGCUGCCUAAACUGAAGUCUUAUUUUCACUUCGAAGAAUAGACUUUUUUUGUGUUGUCUAGAAAGUCAAUGUAUAUCUGUUUGAUACACAUUUGAGCUAAUCCUAUUUAAAAGAUAUUACCGAAAAAAACACACACUUCCUGCAUACAAAAACGACUUAAUAAGAAGAGAGACAGCGAUGGAUCCGUUGCCUGGGAGCAGCUCUCAGGACGAGGAGCAGCCCGGAGCCUCCACUGAUCCUGGGAAGAGAAAGAGAGGCUCCAGCACGUUGGAACGUGUGUGUACCUGCAAGGAGUGCAAGCAGCACGUGGAGACGCGCUUCCACUGCACCGUGUGCGAGGAUUACGACCUGUGCAUCACCUGCUACAGCACCAAGCGCCACGAGCACAAGAUGGAGAAGCUGGGUCUGGGUCUGGACGACGAGAGCGGCAGCUCCGCCUCCACCUCCACCCAGAGCCCCGGAGACUCCCGGCGCCUCUCCAUCCAGCGCUGCAUCCAGUCCCUGGUGCACGCCUGCCAGUGCCGCAACGCCAACUGCUCCCUGCCUUCCUGCCAGAAGAUGAAGAGGGUGGUGCAGCACACCAAGGGCUGCAAGCCUAAGACCAACGGGGGCUGCCCCAUCUGCAAGCAGCUCAUCGCCCUCUGCUGCUACCACGCCAAGCACUGCCAGGAGAACAAGUGCCCCACUCCUUUCUGCCUCAACAUCAAGCACAAGCUGAGGCAGCAGCAGCUGCAGCACCGGCUCCAGCAAGCGCAGAUGCUGAGGAGGAGGAUGUCCAGCAUGCAGAGGGUGGGGGCCGGAGCUGUGACCGGGACAGGAGCGGGACAACCUCCUCCUCCUACUCCUCCUCCUUCCUAUUCCUCUUCGUCGUCCUCUUCCUCAUCUCAGCAGCGGUUGCCGCCCCCCAACGGUGGGGGCGGGGCUCCCACUCUGCCGAUCAGCACCCAGCCCCCCACCCCUCAGACUCCCUCACAGCAGAUGCAGACCCCUGGUCAGCUCACCCCACAGCACAUGGGUUUACAGCAACAGCAGCAGCAGCAGCAAAGACAAGCAAUGCUAGUUCAGAUGGGACACCCAGAUCUGCAACAGCAGCAUGCUGGGGCUCAAGCCGUGGGUCUGAACCAGGCCGCCCUCCAGGACCUGCUCUGGGUCCUGCGCUCCCCCAGCUCCCCCCUCCAGCAGCAGCAAGUCCUCAACAUCCUCCGCUCCAACCCGCAGCUCAUGGCUGCCUUCAUCAAGCAGAGGGUAGCCAGGAACCAGGGGGUUAGGGGAGGGGGAGUGGGACCAGGACUGGGAGGGGGGCAGCACCCUGGGCAAGGAGGAGGUCCCGGGGGGGGUGGUGUGGCGGCUGCCUAAUAUGAGCCAGCUUCAGCAGCAGCAGAUGCAGAGGGCUAUGGUGGGAGGCAUGGCAGCCCAACAGCAAGCAGUCAACCAGCAGCAGCAACAAGUGCAACAGCCAGGGAUCGUGAGAGGAGGAGGAGGAGGAGGAGGAGGAGGGCAGCCAAUGAACAUCAACCACCCAGCGAUGAACCCGCAGUACUAAUGCGACGGCAGCUCAUGCAGCAGCAGCAGCAGCAGCCAGGGGGCGAUGUUCUCAACAGCAGCCCCCUCCCAGUCUCCAGCAAGCUCUGCAGCAGAGGCUACUUCAUCAGCAGCAGAUGGGAGGCAGGCCAGUCCACCACAGCAACCCCAUGAGCCCCCAGCAGCAGCAGCAGCAAAUGUCCCAGGGCCACCGCAGCAGCAUUAUUAUUAUUAUUAUUAUUAUUAUUAUUAUUAUUAUUAUUAAUAAAUACCUUUUCUAUUUAAUUUUUCAAACACGUAAAAACACUCCAUCCUGUGGGAGUUAGAAACCAUGCAAAAAAUAAAUUAUGAAUAGUCAUAA